GUUGUGAGUCUCUGUGCCUCACCCUCGGUACUUCGGUGGUUCGGAGGAGGAGGGGGAGGAGAAGAAGGAGGUGGGGUGGGGGGGAGGGAGGUAGGAGGAGGAGAAAGAAGACGUCGCCGCCACCGGAGGCGGAGGGGGAGGACGGACGGCCGAGAGCGUCGCCGCCGGUGCCCAACGGUCGGUGUCCCCCGGCUGAGGCAGCGCGGCCGCAGCAGCCCUGUUUGAUCUGUGGAUGAAAUGAAUCAUGAUUUUCAAGCUCUUGCAUUAGAAUCUCGGGGAAUGGGAGAGAUGCAGAAAGAGAGUCCUGUCACUCCUUUGGGCCACAAGAGGGCACUCUGCAGCUAGCUAACCCUCCCUUUCUUCAGAACAGCGUUUUCCAAAGAGUUUGUCAUUUUCAGAGGACUGAUUUAAGGGCAGCAGGGAACCUUCUGGGAUUUCCUUCUUUGCCUGUCUCUCUCUCACCAGUCUUCUCCUCCUUUACUGACAGCUUUUGCCUACCAAAAAGUUUUGGGAACCUGAUGAUUCAACAAAAGAUGGACAAAAAGGCAUAUUUCUUGGGGAUGAUGAAUGGAGAGAGACUGCAUGGGGAACUUCUCAUCAUUCAAUGUCCCAGCCUAUUAUGGUGCAGAGAAGAUCUGGACAGAGUUUUCAUGGAAACAGUGAAGUAAAUGCAAUUCUUUCUCCACGCUCAGAAAGUGGAGGCCUUGGUGUGAGCAUGGUAGAAUAUGUAUUAAGUUCCUCUCCUGCUGAUAAAUUGGAUUCUCGAUUUAGGAAGGGAACUUUUGGUACUAGAGAUGCUGAAACAGAUGGACCUGAGAAAGGAGAUCAAAAAGGCAAGGCUUCUCCAUUUGAGGAGGACCAAAACAGAGAUCUUAAACAAGAUGAUGAGGACUCUAAAAUAAAUGGCAGAGGUUUGCCAAAUGGAAUGGAUGCCGAUUGCAAAGAUUUUAAUCGCACUCCUGGAAGUCGCCAAGCCUCUCCAACUGAAGUAGUUGAGCGCCUUGGCCCUAGUACUAAUCCCCCAGAAGGAUUGGGCCCUCUUCCUAAUCCGACAGCGAAUAAACCACUUGUUGAAGAAUUUUCAAACCCUGAAACUCAGAAUCUGGAUGCAAUGGACCAAGUUGGUCUGGAUUCCUUACAGUUUGACUAUCCUGGUAAUCAGGUACCCAUGGAUUCUUCAGGAGCUACUGUAGGCCUUUUUGACUACAAUUCCCAACAGCAGCUCUUUCAGAGGACUAGUGCACUAACAGUUCAGCAGUUAACUGCAGCUCAGCAGCAGCAGUAUGCAUUAGCAGCAGCUCAGCAGCCACAUAUAGCUGGUGUAUUCUCAGCAGGCCUUGCUCCAGCUGCAUUUGUGCCAAAUCCAUAUAUUAUUAGUGCUGCUCCUCCAGGGACUGACCCGUAUACUGCAGCAGGAUUGGCUGCAGCAGCAACAUUAGCAGGUCCAGCAGUGGUUCCACCUCAGUAUUACGGUGUUCCAUGGGGAGUGUAUCCAGCCAAUUUAUUUCAGCAACAAGCUGCAGCUGCGGCAAGCAACACAGCCAACCAGCAAGCAGCAUCACAAGCUCAGCCUGGACAGCAGCAGGUUCUUCGUCCUGGAGCAGGUCAGCGUCCUAUUACUCCAAGUCAGGGCCAACAAGGGCAGCAAGCAGAGUCACUUGCAGCAGCUGCAAACCCAACUUUGGCUUUUGGUCAGAGUCUUGCUGCAGGCAUGCCAGGCUAUCAAGUACUAGCUCCAACUGCCUAUUAUGAUCAGACUGGUGCCUUAGUGGUUGGCCCCGGAGCAAGAACUGGCCUUGGAGCUCCAGUACGAUUAAUGGCUCCAACACCUGUCUUAAUAAGUUCAACAGCAGCACAAGCUGCAGCAGCAGCAGCAGCAGCUGGAGGAACUGCAAAUAGUCUUACAGGCAGCACAAAUGGUCUGUUUCGGCCAAUUGGCACUCAGCCACCACAGCAGCAGCAGCAGCAGCAGCAACCAAGCACUAACCUGCAGUCUAAUUCAUUUUAUGGGAGCAGCUCUUUGACUAACAGCUCCCAGAGCAGCUCUUUAUUCUCUCAUGGACCUGGCCAACCUGGAAGUGCGUCUCUUGGCUUUGGAAGUGGUAGCUCUUUAGGAGCUGCUAUAGGCUCAGCUCUCAGUGGAUUUGGCUCAUCAGUUGGCAGUUCUGCAAGUAGUAGUGCCACAAGGAGAGAGUCUCUAUCUACUAGCUCUGACUUGUACAAAAGAUCUAGUAGCAGCCUAGCACCCAUAGGGCAACCAUUUUACAAUAGUCUGGGAUUUUCCUCCUCUCCAAGUCCAAUAGGCAUGCCUCUGCCAAGCCAAACUCCAGGACAUUCACUUACGCCACCGCCAUCACUUUCAUCACAUGGAUCCUCAUCCAGUUUGCAUUUAGAUACUAGCCUUUUGAAAAAGUUCUACUUCCUGAAAUUCAAAGUGAGGGUCUAAUGUACAGUAAGGUAAAGACCCUCUUUUGUACUUUAUGUUCUUUUAUGGCAUACAAUGGUGUAUGUUUUCUUGUCUGUGCUUUUGAUUUAUGUGUUCUAGAGCAUCUGAAAGUCAAAAAUAGACGUAAUAGUGAGAGAAAUUUUUACUGUCAAAAGUUUUUGCACACCAUAAGAAAAUUAUAUUAUAGUAAUGGGAUGUAAAUAAUUUAGUACAGUAUUGGCCAUUUUACCACAAGUUAUAUCAGAGAAUAUCAGUUACUGUGUGCACAUUAGAGAAGUUAAUAGGCUUCUCUUUUGAAUAUGUUAAAAGGGAAAAAUGAUUUGAGCGUGUUAUAUUCCUAAAGGUGAAACAUUUAGGACUUUUAUUUCUAUAUCUAUUUAAAAAUUGUUCUCACCUCCAGAUUAUUAAAUUGGUGGUUAUCCUUUAUUCCUCUUCUAGGAAGUACUUGUCCAUGAGGGAAACAGUAUAUUUUGAAGACUUUUUAGACAUUAUUAGCUGUAUAUGAAUCCCUGUCUUAUCAAAGAAUUCUGCCAUUAAAAAUUAAGCUAUCGAUUUUUGUGAUUAUUUUUAAGUACAGCUGAAACUAAAUGGUUCUGUUGCUUAGAAAUAUUUAAGCUAUCUUGUGAUUUUUAAAAUGUAACAUUAUUAUGAACAGACUACAUCGAAGAUUCUGGUCCUGCAUCCCACCCAAAUUCUGAAAUUUUUGCGCUUUGGAGGAUUUGCUCUUUUGAAUAUGUACCAGUUAGUUUAUUCAGAUAGGGUCCUGAGGUCUGAUUUACAUCCCUGUUCAUAGACUUACGUAGUUUAUAGCCUGAGCCUCUGUUACCAACUGUCUUAGUCACAAGAGCUGUUUGAUAAGACAUGCUUUUGAAAUGUAUUAAGUUUGGGACAAAGGACCAAAAAAUGUUGGGUGUGGUGGUACAUGCCUUUAAUUUUAAACAGAGACAGGUGGAUAUCUGAGUUCCAGGACAGCCAGAGCUACACAGAGAAAACUCUCGAAAACCCAAAAGCAAAUUUUUAAAAAAAGAAAGAAAGACAAAGAAAAAAAGACAGGUGUAUCCCAAUAGUUUUGUGUUUGUAAAAAUUAUAUUUGUUGUGUCCUGUCAUCUUUUCAUAGGUAAGUUGCAGAUCAGGUUCUGUUAACUGUUACUGUGUGUGUUUGUUUACUUAGAACCUGUAUAAAUAGACUCGUUUUAUAUAACUUGCUAAUAAAUUGAAUAUAUAUGACUUUUUAGGUGUCUGUAAUUGCACUACAGUGUGGAUGUGUCUCUCUCUUUUUUAGACAGUAAAGAAUUUGGCCUAAUUACUUAGAGAAAGAAUUUUAGUCAGUUGUGGGAAAUCAUAUCUGAACAAGAGUCCUAUGUUAUACCUAGUACUGUUACACCCAAAGCUUCAGUUGGAAAUUAGAUGCUCAAACUCGUUCUGAUUGCAAUGAGUAAUUACCUAUAAUAUCUUCUCUUGUUAGUCCCUACUUUCCCCUAGUUCUAGUCAUGUUACUUGAAAUGUUUCCCCACCAAAUUGAAAAUACCUUAGGUUUCAUGAAUUUACUCUUUAUACACUAUUUAUGAAAAUAAUCUAUUCUCUACUUUCUUAUGAUUUAACAAUGAUACAAAGCUUCUAUGCUUUGUGACAUUAAAAAUGUUUAUUUUUUUAAAACAGGGUAUUGCUAUUAAGGCCUGGCUGACGUAGAAUUUGCUGCAUAGACUAAGCUGACUUCACAUUAAUAAUGAUCUUUCUCCGUUUGCUGCCUCAGUUAUUUAGAAAGUAAUUUUGAACUCUAUAUCAUUGAAUUAGAUUUCUUUGUGAGUCAGUAUCAAGAUUGCUGAUAUGUAAAAUACUUUGGGAGUAGAAUUUACAUAUUUGAUUUUAUAUAAAUCAUUUUAUUUACUUGGCCUGCAUAAGAUUCUUCCCUGUGAAGACAUAGUAGCAUGCAUUUGUAAUCCUACUUACUUCAGAGGCUAAGGUCCAAAUUAAAGUUAGCCAGGAAACUUAGCAAGGCCCCUAUAUCAAAAAGAGUAAAUCUCCCUGCUUUACUAGAAUUGAUUAAAACUAAUUCUCGGUUAGACCAAGAUUUGAAAUGAUGAAUAUACAACUAUUAUAGUUAUGAGUGGUUCUUAGGAUCAACAUUCCCAAAGUUCUUGAUGAGACUUAAAAACUCAUCUCUCCUUUUGAUAAUGGUAGUUGUCUGAACCCCACAGAAACUGCCCAAAGCAGCAAUCUCCUUGUAAAAAGACUUUCUUUUCAGAGUAAAUAUUUAAUCAGUAGAUAUCAUUAGACUUGCUAGAGUCACUUUUAUUGGAGAGCUAUUUUAGUUCAUAAGUUUUGAAUAUUUUUAAAAUAAAAACUUAUAUUCAGAAUCUAUGUUUUUUAGUAUAUUGAGCUUAGAAGACCGAAAAAUAGUUUUAGCUUUUCAAUAUGUAGUAUAAAAUCAGGUUUUCUAACACUAUACCUAUAACAUUGUUAUCAUACUUUAAUUUCUUAUUGAUUGGUCUGCUUGGUUGGCUUAAAUAUCAGUCAUUUGAGUCACAGUCUUUUAAGUUUAAUUGUCUUUUUAUUUAUAGUUGUUUCCCCACUUUUUUUUUCUUGUUUUGUUUCAUUCAUUUGUUAAAGAAAUUGUCCUGUUGAAUUUCUCACAUUCUUGAGUUUGCUGCUUGCUUUCCUAUGGUGGUGGUAAGCAUAUGCCUACUUGGUAUUUCCUGUAAAUGGUUUCUUUUGGCAAGGUGCAGUUAUGGGCACUUUCUGUUGUGUUAUAUUGAAUCAAGAUACAUAUGGUUGUAGUACUACCAGUCUAGUCUACAUGGUGUUUUAACACCUUAUGGCCAGUGCCUAAAAUAUUUCUUCAGGGUUUAUGAAAAGUUGUGGCUCUAAUACUAUCAAUCUAUAAAUUCUCUAUGAUGAAUUUUUCUUUAUAACUUAAAAGGUUACCCUAAAAGGUUGUUAUUCCUAUAGUGGUUAGGAUAAUGCCUCAUUCUUUUAUUUUCUAACUCUCAGAAUGAAUAAUUAGUUAGUGUCAGUUUUAAACCAUUAGUUGUACUGUGCUUGGCCUCCUUAGACCAAUUCUAUAUCACCACUUUUUAGGUUAGGGAAAACAAACUUAAAAUAUGUUAGUAAUUUCUAAUUUGGCUAAUGGUUAUGGUCUUAGUAUUUAGAUAAAUUUGGGACUUCUUUGGUAUAAAGCACCAUUUUGCAUGGCCUUCCUUGGUUUUGCCAGACUAAAUGACUUCUCAAGAUAUGUGCUUCCACCCCCAAGAAAAGAGAAUAAAAUGUAUACUGUGAACUUUGAACUCAGUGAUACUAGUUUAUUGGAAGGUGGCUCAGAAUUGUGGAGAUUCAUUUAUGUAAAGUAAAUAGGAAAACAUUAACUCUGGAUCACACAUUCUAGAAUGUAUUUUCUUCUCCUAAUCAGAACAUUUUCUAUUUAAAAAUGGAGCAUUAUUUACUGUUAUGAUUUCCCCCCCCCCCAAAGUUAUUUGCUAAGAAUUGCUGGCUUUAACAGACUUAUUCAGACUCUCCUUUUAGAGGAAAUGUAUAAGAGUGAACAAGUAUGGCCAAGUUAGAUGUAAGAUUGUCUUCCAUUUUUAUGUUUAAGUAUGAUUGUUAAUAAGAGCAUAAAAACAAUAGAAAUAUAUUGAAGUGUUAACUAAAUAGCAUUAGUCUUUUGUUUUUCGCUAAAACAUCUUCAUAUUUGUCAUUUCAUCCUUAAUGUUGACAUAGACUGGCUCAAUGACAAAUCCAUUUAAAACAAACAAAUUAAAGAGUAAAUAAGCUCCUAAGACUUGUAAGAGUAACUGAAAGAAUUGAUGCCAACCUACAGUUCUGACCUGUGAUAUUAUUCCUUUUCUAUUAUGCUCUUACAUAAGGAAUGGAAUAUAGUUUUUUAAAGUGUUUGAGUACUGUAUUUUAACUAGCCUUUCAGGAAGUAAUAUUUACAUUAUCUUGAAGAUCUUGUUUCCUAAGGUUUUGUGGGGUUUUUUUGUUUUUUUUGUUUUUUUUUUUUGUUUGUUUUUGUAUAGAAUAUUAGUAGACGUCUAGAUUCCUUUCUCAAUUUAGUUAUUCUUGAGAUUUCCCUGAGAGAUACUGCCUAAGCACCUUUAAAGUUCAAGUGUGUACCUUCUGCAACUUUAGAUGGGCAACUCACAGUCAGGAAGUAGAACAUCACAGUCAGCUCUCAGAAGAUUAUAUAUCAGUUCUCAUGUAUGCUAAGGUACUGUUACAACUCUUCAAGAUGUCUGUCUUGCUCAUGGGAGGGUUAAAUGUAAAGAAGUUAUAAAAUUUUGUUUUGUGGGACAAUUUAUGAUUGGCUUUCUGUAUAAAAUUUUGUUUUUAUAAGAGGGUCUUAACACCGUGUGAUUCUAGCUGGCCUGGGGGCUCAGAGUUCUGUCUCUGCCUCCUGAGUACUGGGAGUAAAGUUGUGCACUACCACACAUGGCUACACAUAAAAAUUUAUUGAGUUUUGGUUGUUCUGGUUUCAAGACUGAAUGAUUUUACUUUUGUCCUUAUAAUUUUGUUUAUUAUCUUUGUUAUUUAGUUAUUUAUCUCAGAGUUAUAAUCAGAUCAUCAACAGAAGCAAUAGGGGGAAAGAGUUUAUUUUAACUGGUUUGAACAUAUAAUCCUUUAUAGCAGAGGAGUCAUGGCAUCAUGGUAGUCGGAUAGCUGACUGCAGAGUCAGGAUGCAGAGAGACAUGACUAGUUAUGCUAGUUUUGCAUCCCCUUUUGUUAAUUCUGAAAACACAGAAUAUAGAAUGGUGAUGACCACAUUCAGGGAUAGUUUUCCUCAGAUAUAAACCUCCCUGGAAACACCCUCACAGAGAAGCCAUGAGGUCUGUCUCCUAUUUGAAUCCAAAUCUGGUAAAACUGAUAGUGAAAAUUAAGCAUCAAACCCUUUAAGCACCUUUGUGACAUUGGUUCCAAUGUUUGUGAAUGUUUUCUUCAAUUAAUUUAGUUAAGAUGAUCACAGAUUUAAGAGAGAGUACUUGACUGAUGUACUUUGGCAGUAGAUCACUCAAGGCACUUGUUUAAUUAAAUUAGUACAAGUUGGGCAUCUUACCAAAACCUGAAUCUUUCACUGGACUCAAAAGUCUCUGUUAUUGGAACAUUUCCAUUCAAAUUAUCAGCCUAAGAAUACUCAACAUUGAAUCUAUCUACAUGAAUAAUCUAAAGUCUGAGAAAUGCAAGCCUUAAGCAUUUAGAUGAGGAAUACAGUUGUGUAGACUUGGGGAGGUGAAGAGUUUGGAAAUAUGUUUGUAACUGAUUGUCUAGUAGUGGAAACUAUGCUUUCAUAACACAGUCCUCACUGCAUUUUCUAGUUCCUAUAUGAAAAGGGGUAUCAUGGAAAAAAAUUUAUGGUUACAGUUUGCCUCAAUUUAACUCAAUUAUCUUUUGGAUUUUCUUACAAGCCUUUGACUUUAUCAGUCAUUGUCUUCCCCCGUGUAGUUUCACCUUUUUUGCUAUGUUCCAUUGACCUUAACUCUGUAUUGUUUUUUGGUUGGUUGGUUGGUUGGUUGGUUGGUUGGUUGGUUUGGUUUUUCAAGACAGGGUUUCUCUGUAUUUUCCUGGCUGUCCUGGAAUUCACUCUGUAGACCAGGCUGGCCUCGAACUCAGAAAUCCGCCAGCUUCUGCCUCCCAAGUGCUGGGAUUAAAGGCAUGCGCCACCACCACCCAGCUGGCCUUAGUCUGAAUCAUUACAUUUUUAAGUGGAGGAGAGGAUUUAUGGGACAAGAGAUAGAAAAAUAAGUCUAAUUUUUCUGUUUUAAAAUGCAUAUCCUUAGAAUAUUUUGUAGAUGAGAGAGCAUUUGCUUUAAAUGGAUUUUACGUUUCUAGCUUUGCUGACGUAAUUACAAUCGUUUACUCCCACUUUAUUACUUUCCUCUUUUUCCAUUGUCCUUUCCAUUUCAUUUUAUUUUCCUACUUUUUGUGGGUUGGAAGUAUUACAAAGGUACCAACUUUCUUCUACUAAAUGGGUGCAUUUAAUCUACUGGGGUUUUUUUUUUUCUUCAGGUUUUUAGGAAGGAACUUACUAGCUGAUUUUGAAAAUCUAGUUGGAAAAGUAUAACCAAGAAUACUCAAAUAGUCUAGAAAUACACUUAAAAAGAACUUCAUACUGUCAAGUACCAAAACUUAAUCGUAAUAACUAGAAUUUUGACAUUAGCAAAGACAAAUAAGAGUACCCAGAAAUAGAUAUGCUCAUUUAAUUACCUUAUUCUGACCAUAGUUGCUACUCUAAUGUAUGACAAAGAUGGUCUUAUCAGUGAGUUGCCUUGGAGCAGUUGUAUGUCUGAAUGAAUGAGAGCAGUGAGCUUUGGUUCUUAUUUCACACCACACCGUUUUUAAAUGAACUGGUUAGUUUUCAGUCAUAAAAUAAGAGACAAAACAGUUUUUUGUUCAUGCCUGUAUGGUUUACUCAUAUACUUCUCAAAGGAUUCUUUUGUAAUAUCUGUCUGAAUAAGUGAAAAGGAUUCUAUUCUACAACUUUAGAAUCUUAAAUAUUUACAUAAUAAUAAAUAUAGCAAAUUUUAACUUAAUGUAUUGUAACUUGAUGGGAAAAGUGAAUUUGUUAGUGUUGUCUUUAGACUUUUGCUUGUUAGUUGACUAUAUUUAUUUCAGUACAUGUCGUAAAAUGAUUGAUUACUCAUUUUAAAAUUAUUAAUUGAUAUAGGUCUUUAUGGCUUUACAAAUACUCAUAAUUGAGCAAUUUAAUUCGUACUGAGAUGAAUUGCUUAUUCAGUUUCUGUCUUUCAUGUAGCUUACUAACUGCUGCUUUAGACUUGGUUUGGUGUGGUUUGUGAUUUUUGGUAGUGAUGAGAAUUGGAUACAAGAAAAGUUCUAAACAUUUAAAAUUUAUCCAGUAUUGAAUACUUAAUGUGAUGUACUCUGGCUGAAAAAGAACCCAGCCUUUAUUCACCAUCCUUAGGUUUGCACUUCUGUGGCCUUGUUGCCGUACUGUGUUAAAUACUUUAUUCCUGUAGGAAGGUAGUAAUUCUCUCCGGUAGAACCAAUAGCUUUCUUUAGAGUUUUUAUAUUGUUUGUUGCUAGCAGGUUUAUACUUAAUAUUGCUUAUAUAUAGCUUUAUUUUUCUCAAUAGAUUACAAAUAAGAAAAUUAUUUCUAUAACUUGAAGAAAUAUUAGACUCAGCUAAGUAGUCUGGAGUCUGGUAUACUCUUGUGAUCCUAGCAUUUAGGCAGAAAGAUUAUGAAGUUCAAGGCCAGCCUGGGCAACAGUUUCUUGAAGCAGAUAGGGUUUUAAAGUUUGUGGAUUUCAGAUUUUUUUUUAAAUUUUGUAUGUAUGUAAUUAUUGUGCUACAAAAUCAACGUCUUUGUGGUUUUUUGGGGGGUAUUCUUUUGGGUCAGUUGUGGGUUUUUUGCUCUGUUUUGUAUGUGUAUAGUUGAUUGUUAUUAUUUUUUAAAGAUUCUUCUAAGCUUGGUACAUCUUUCACAAUCCUAUCCCAGUUCAAUGUUUACCAUCACUUAAUAACACCAAGGGAGAAAAUAAAUGUGCUUGUGUGUGCUCAAGAUAUAAUUUAUAUUCAUCUACUUCAAGAUACAAUUUAUAUUCAUCUUCUAUAUUCUAUCUAGUAGAAUCAAAGAUACUACUAAAUACUUGAUAAUAAUCAUGGCUUUAAAAAGAAAAAGCUCAACUCCCAUAAUAUUCUAAUCCCAAUCAAGAAAGGCACCUGAGUUGCUGGAGAAGGUGGCUCAUUGGGUAAGAGCACUUAAGUGCUAUUGGAGAGGACUGGAUUUCAUUUCCCAGUAUCUACCUUACUGUCUUGUGUCACUCUUGUUCCAAGGGAUUGAUGCCCUCUUCUGACCUCUGAGGGCACCAGGCCCACGUGGUGCACAUACAUAAUGCAGAAAAAGUACUCACACCAAGGGAAAUAAACCUUUUUUUAAAAAAUUUAAGGCCACUAGCCAUGAAAUCUUAUUAGAAAUAUUUGGGGAAAAAAAAUACAGAUGCACCUUAAUGGUCCUACCCCCCACCCCCAUGGCAAGAGGUAUUUAGGCAAGAAGUCAGAUAAAACCAGAAAAAA